AUGGACCUUCAGGAUAAUUUCAUAGAGCGUCUCUUGUCAGAAGUCCUUAGCACCUCAGAGGGCAGUUGUUGAUAAAAUUCCACCUACACUUCUGAUGGUUGAUUGAUCAGACAAAACUUCUGUUCUUGUCAGUAAAGCUAAAAAUUUCCUUCUUCCUCUGUUCACAAUCAGAUUUAAUUUUCUUAAAUGUAAAUCUUGAUCCACGUGAUAAGAUUCAUUUCUAGUCCCAGACUAAUUGCAGCUCCUGAUAUGUUCCGGACUCUUUGAAACAAUUAGAUUAGAUGGGAAAAUAUGUUUUCCUGUAUGGCAUAUAUGCUCAAAAAGGAAAAUAGCAACCAUCCAAAGUUCAUGGGAAGUUGAAAGAUGGAAAUUAAUCUAAUGUUGAAAUAUUCAGCUUGAAGGGAAUUCGAAACAGAUUUGUGACUUCUAUCAAACAUUAUUUACUUUUCGUUUCACCUAUGCUGCAUCAUCUUGAGAGAUUGAAAUUUCCAUAAUACAUGGAUAAUUCUGAAGUCUUGUGAUCGAAAUCUAGUGGACUAACAGAAUAUUUUGGUUAAUUAGUGCCAGUACCUUUUCCGUUGGUGCACAUAUCAUUUUGGAACAAAAUAUAUGCAUAACACAGUACAAUUGAUGGAACCUGUGCGAUUCUGUUAAAUAUUUUUGGCUAAUUUUGACUUCAAACUACUUUUUCUAGGUGUAUAUGGCAUGUGUACUGCAGAAUCAUAGGUAUGCACUUACGUUUCAGUAUCUAACUCUUGAACCAGUAUAUUCAUCAAUUUUAUGUUAAAAAUCUUUUAUUUUUUCGAACCUCCCUAUGGCUUAAAUGGAGGAUUACACUGGAAAUCGACAAAGUGAAGCAUGGGCUUACCUAUCCUGAAUAUGCAAUAAAUUUUAGGCAGUAUGGUAUUGAUUAAAAAAGGUUUCUAGACAUGGUUUAUGAACCAUUUUAUAGCUCAAUCGAUGAAUUUUCCUUUAUGCUGCAUUUUCUUUGUGCCAGAAUUGGAGUGGCAUAUUAUGACUCUUCAGUCCGUCAACUUUACGUUUUGGAUUUCUGGGAAGAUGGGAAUGGGGGUUUUCCUCUUCUAGAUCUUGGUACAUUUGCUAACCUACAUCAUUCUCUUGACCUUCUGGCACUUUUAUUGAGUUUACAUGCAAGAAAGAUUAUUUACUUGUGCAUUCUUCUUGUAUUUACGUUUUCAGUGAAAUAUCAAGCUAGACCGUUGGUUAUAUAUGCUAGCAGCAAAACUGAAGAUUCCUUCCUCGCUGCCUUAGGGCGUGGUGGUUUGUCACUGUUCCUUGUCAAUUGUUGCGUAAAGAACGAAGUUUUAUCCUUAUUGAUGUCAUAAAAUUUACCAGAUGGGAAUGAAACCCCGGUUGUAAAGCUAAUGAAAGCCUCAAUAUUCAGCUAUGAACAAGCAUGGCACAGGUAUGAUAUUUCCUUUAUAAUGUGGCGGAUAAAGUUGCUUUUUUAUAUGAUUUUGAGUGGAUAGGCACGUCUUUCUUAAGAUAAAGCUCACUAAACAUCUUGAAACUGAUUGCUUUAAAAUAAUGCAAAAUGAAGAUUUGAUAUCGUAGUUUAUCUUGGCCGAUUGGCCAUGAGUCGUCAUUGAUUAUCGCGUCCAUUUUUUGCUUUCUCAGUUUCUCUUGGAAUUACUCAAAAAUAUGCUGCAAAACCCGAAAACAACGUCAUAUUUACCUUACUUGACGUUCAUGAGAAAUGUUGACCAAUGAGGUGAUGGAAAGGAUAGUAUGCAAUCUAUAUUAUUAAUAUUCUGACCAAUUCUUCUAUAUUCUUUUUUUUUUAGCUUCUUCAACAUUUCAUGAUGCUUGAGUUAAACAUUAGUGGAAUCAUUUUUGUCCAUAUGGUCGAUAUUUUAUGAGCCAUGAACUACGUCUUCUUGUUGAGUAACAUGUGCAGGGCAUUCGUCUUAUUCUGGAACAUUUUUGAGAUUUAGGUGUGUUCUUGGGUGAUUUCUGUUCACGCUUAUUCUCUAAAAAUUCUCACAAAGUUUCAUUUUCUAUUCUCACAUAAAAAUGUUGUGGCUCUGGUUUAUUAGAUCAUUUUCUUACUUGGCACGAGACUUUGCCUCAUUGCACUGGCACUUCCUACGUUUCUUUAACUUAUUCCAUGCAUAUGUAAUUCUCGGUAUUUGGGUUCAGUUGCGUGUAAAAUUUAGUUGUAAAUAUCUCUUGAGAAAUGCUGGUGGUUUGCCGACUCUUCCAAUCAGACCCUGUCAGUAUAUAUAACUGCAGAGUCCAAUUCUGUCGUCUGCAGAUAUAUAGUCUCAUUGUUUGUGCAAAUUGGUAACCUUUGUUCCAAUUAUCUCUUAAUGCAAUCAAACAAAUCUAUAUACGAAGCAACAUUAAAAACUGAAGGUUCUGACAAUGACAUUGUCACCAGAGCAUGUACCAUGCAUACAGUCUCUUACCAGGUGCAAACGGACAUUCUUUUAUUUUUUUAUCUUCCAUCCUCUAUUUCUCUCUCUCUCUCUCUCUCUCUCUGUAUAGAUAUGUCUCUAUAUAUAUAAAUGUGUGUAUGCACAGAUACACAUGUACGUAAACCAGCGCACAUAUUUAUAGAUACUUCAUGUGCCUACAUACUAAGUGUGCCUUAGAAGAAGAAGAAUUUAUGACAAUGAUUUCAUCUUUAUAUUACCUCUCAAUAAAAGUUUUCUCAAAUGUGCUGGGUUUUUCACAUGCUAGCUUGUUUUAUGUUUUUAAUAAUUCUCUUGUGCGAACCUACCGAGUUUAUUAGUCAUGAUAAUUUAACGAAAUCCCUUUGAAAAGCACAAUUGUCUUCAUUGUGGUUUGCUAUAUUGACCUUUAGUUCCUUUUAUUUCCAAUUUCUUAUGUUUCUUUCUUGAAAGUCAUUCGUAUGUUGCUCCGCUUGAAGUGCAUCAUAGUAGCUACUUUACAUCAAAAUAUUUACAUGAAUGAUGAAGUUAUUAUUUUCCAGAUUAGUAUACCUAAGAGUUACAGGGAUGGACGAUGGUCUCAGCAUCAGGGAGAGAGUUUGUUUUGUAAGUCCGAAAUAAUAUGAAUUCUUUAAUUAAGAACAUGUUUCAAAUAGUUUGACUUAUAUGAGUUUCUUUUUCUAUAGCACCAGCUUAUGAUUGUUCUUCCUCACUCCUGUAUUUAUUUGUCUUAUUUCUUCUUUUUGUACGGCUCUUGGAUUGUAAUGAUUAGACAAUAAUCCGUUAAAUACGAAAAAAUACGAAAACUUAGAAAAAUAGGAUCAUUAGUUGAUAGUACCAUCGGCAUUGUUCUAUUACACUAAAACAAUAAUCAAAUGUCAAGAAACAUUUAUCACAAAAUGAAGCUUUCUUCCUAGAAUUUUUCUAGAUAACGAGAAAUUCUAAAAGCAGCGAAGAAUACAAACUGAAUAAAUUUCAAAAGUCAAUGUGAUUUAAUUGCCUUCUAGAGUUGAUGCUUGAUGUGAAAUAUUUAAUUACUGGCGUCAGAGUUUUUUACUGUCUCCGAAGUUCAGAGGUAGUGGCAAGGUGUAAAUGGGACCCUUUGCUUGGACUCAUAUGUUCUAUUUUGGCGUGGCAAGUUUGAUAGGAAUCUCGAGUUUUCUAUUCGUGUAAAUUAUUAACUUUUCAUUACCUUCACGUCCAUUAGCUUUUUUAUGAAAAUUCGAUCCCUUUCUUUCAAAUUAACAGAUGAUUUGAAACUGAAAUUAUUACCAAAGAAGUUGACAACUUCCCCAGUUGUAGCUCCCUAUAAAACUGUGGGAUAAAUUAAAAAAUUCCUCUUUGCAUGUUUCUGAAGUUGCUCUAAAGAUGAGGUGCAAUCCAUAUCUAUAUCUGAACAUUCUUCCUAGGUUGCCAUCAAGGAAAUGAUUGUACCAGUUACACAACAAUAAUAAUCAUUAAUGUAUAGUAUUUGGAAAAGGCUAUUGCUCUGUUGCCUAAGCAGCAUCACAGUUGAUCACAGUUUUGUUAGAUCGGAUGGCUUAAGAGAGUUGUAUUGUAUUGGAAGAUUUGACAGAAUCACCGAGGGUCAUAUAUGUGAUACUGUAUAGAUUUACCUUUAUUCUUUAAUUUUUUUUCUGUUUACCGUAGAUAAUAUUGUGUUCUGCUUCAACAGUUGCAUCAUACGUUUCUUUGAUUCUUGUUUCUAUUUAUGCUCUCAAUUUCUCAUAAACAUGGAACGCAUUUGCAGCUGAAUUCUAUGAUGAACAUUGGAAGUGACAUCCAAGUUCGUGCCACUGGAGGUCUCCUUGCUAUUCUAGAGAGUGAAAGACUUGUCGAUACACUUGAACAGAAAGAAUGUGGCAACACGUCAAUAACCAUUGAUCGUGUGAUAGAGAUUUCAUUGUAUCCAGCCUUUAACUGAAUUGUUUUUUCAAUAUCCAGUUAUUACCUGAAAUUGGGUUGAAACUGGCGUGCUGAAGAUUAAUAUAGCUGACCUUACAUCAGAAAACAGAAACAAAUUUCUGAAACUUGAUGCAUCAGCAUAUGAGGCACUGCAGAUAUUUCAAAUUGACAAGCAUCCCAGUCACAUGGGAAUUGGGAGGGCAAAAGAAGGGUACGAACAUAAUAUGAAAAUGAUUUUAUGCUUGUACUAUGCAAUGGUUAAAAUGUGAAGAGAUCAUGUGUUUCGAAAAUGCAGGUUCUCGGUGUUUGGAAUUUUUAACAAGGUUGGUUGAUUGUUUGCUUGUCUUUCAUUAUCUUUGAAUUAACUUUCUUUAUUUCUACCAGUGUGUCACACCAAUGGGCAGACAUCUUUUAAGGUAAUCCUGAGGCUAAUGAGCAAAUAAUGCGUUCGAUUUUUUUUUUUCAUUAACCUAAUUUGAAUCUUAUUUUCAGAACCUGGUUUCUGAGACCUAUUCUAGAUCUCGGUUUAUUGAAUGAUCGCCUGAAUACUGUAUCCUUCUUUUACUUGGGACAGUAGGGGGGAUUUUAUAAAUAUUUGUCAUUGAAUGACCCUUAAGUAUAUUUUAGGUCUCAUUCUUCUUGUGUAGUGAAGAAUUGAUAUCAGCUUUAAGGGAAACACUGAAGUCAGUGAGGGAUGUGACUCACUUACUCAAGGUGUGUGGAACUACUCUUCCACUAUUCUAAUGUUGGAAUUCCAUUUUCGAUUUCGUCAACUUAACUGGAAUGAACCUUCAAAUAGAAAAACGAGUAUUUAUAACGGAUCAAUAACUUGAAGUCUUUUUUGUAAAUGACUAAACGUUUUCUCUUGUUGGAGUCGUGUGUCUAUUUUUAUUGUCUAUGCAAUGACCAAAUCGAGUAUAAUUUGAGAUGAAAUAUGACUUUAUUCCAUGCUGUUGCGAGUUCCUUCAGUCGUUGCAGAUAUUUUUCACCUGUAUCGUUCAUAGUUGUCAAUGCACACGGAAUUGAUCAUUCAUGUCACUUUCAAUGUAUUGUCCUCUGGGUAAUUGUGCAAACUGUGUAAUUCUUCAGUUUUGGAUUGCAUCUAUGAAACUUCAGUGUGGCUUCUAGGAUCGCCAAGAUUGAAGAUUCCUGUUACAUUUCAUAAAGUAGCAGCCACUAGGGAAGAUAAAUCAUUUACCUUCGAAUCAGAUGAGAAAUUAUUCGUCCUAUUUAUAUUAAUGGGUAUUUCAAUUCCAGCAUUGCCCUCUCACUAAUAAGUUAUAAGUGAAGUAUGAACAUAGAUUCAAAUUUAGCUGUAUGAUUAGUACUUCUACGAGACGUGCUAAUGAAGAUUCUUCAAAUUUGUUGGAGAUAUCCGUCAAUUCUAUAUUUCGUUAACUUAUCCAUAAUAAUGAACUCGUCUGUUUCCAUCUACCCGUGACUUUGGACAUUUCAAUAGCCACAGCGUCCUCUAUCCUUCACACGAAGGACCCAGUUGUAUGUGUUGGAAUUCCAUCAACCACCUAAUCUGUAAGACUGAAAAACUUCAUAAUUCUUUCAUAUCCCCUCUCAUUCUCCUCUUUCAUUUGGUAAUAAUGCUCCAUUGGAGAGUUAGAGAGAACCUCUUGCACCUUGUUCCGGAAAUAGAAACUUCUUAUUAGUUCGAAGAUCUUUACUCAUGAAAUGGAUAUAUUUUUCUACACUGUAAGAAUGUAAACAUAUUUUUCUUUUUAUUCAAUUCCUUCUUCGAAGGAAAUUUAAUGCAUCAUCUUGCAGGACAUAGUGUCUACUUAAUUGGGUUCUUCAAGGUUGCAAAUUUGAUUGCAUCUAGUGGUGCUUGAGUGGGGCUAGUCACAUACUUCGUGUGUCACUCAAAUUAGGAGAUCAUAUUUUGCCAUUUUCUUACUCAUUACAUGGAGGGAGAGGCCUUAUUUCUUUCAAUCAUAAAUAUGUCCUGAAAAACGUGAGUAAUGUUAUAAUUUUUCUCGCCAAAUGAUUUUCUUGUUUGUCUUACAUGCUCUUCAUCUAGACCAUAGAGUUCAAUCAAAUAAUUUAACACAUACAGAUUAUAUUGCAUCUAAUUAUUUUAUAUUCAAUUAGAAGGUAACUUUUGUUCCAUUACCUCAUACUUCAUAGCUUCAAUUACUUUCUGUGUGCAGUUUUAUUUAUGAUGAGUCAUUAUGUUUUGAAACGGGUAAAUAGUUUGACAGUUUUAUUUAUAUGAUCUCCUUCACUCAUUAUUAUAGAAAUAUGAUUUAAAAAAAUCUUUUAUUUACGCUGGAGUUGGAUCAGCGAAAAUUUCUCUUAGGAAAAGUGUAUGACAGUAGCUUUUAUUAAUUUCUGGUGCAAACUUUCCUUGGGGAUCUUUAUUUUAUCUGUAUGUCUCUUAUCUAUUGAAUAUACUUUUUUAAGGUAUUGAUGGGCUAUGCAACUUCGACGUUAUCUAGCCAUGAGUGUUUUCUUUUUGCGGGUAUUAUUUAGGUUGUAUUUGAUGAAUGGUUUUCCUUUUGAAGAAAUUAAACUCUCCAAGUUUCAUGUGUGCAAGUAGUGAUUGGAUGGCAUUUUUAAAGGUAACUUCAACUUUUGGUUUCGAUGACAUUUGUUGCAGAAAUUUGUGAAUAAAGGGCUUUUUGAUGGUGGAAUGUUAAAUUUAUCCCUCUAUGAAAUUAAAUGAUUUUGACUUUAUUUGAAAUGGCUAGUUGUGCAUUGCCUUAGAAAGUCAAACAUGGAAGUACCAAUAUUGAUUGGAUAAUCAGACGGUUAUUCAGAGGUUGUGAUACCUAAUAUGUAUCAGUGCCAGAUGAAUCGAUACAUAUGGACGACUUGUUCAACACAUCAAUUUGGUCUUUCAAACUGUAACUCUAUGGGUAAUGUGAGGAUGGCUGAACCUGAUUUUAGCUCGUUAUUAACCAUCUUUGAAUUUCUGAAGUACCAGCAAUAUUUUAGAAAAAACAUUAUCUGUGUUUUUAUGUAAUGGUCAUCUAAAAAGGAUUAUUAUAUACACUUUGAUCCUUUCUGCUCCAUUGUUCUUUGAGAAACCCAAAUUGAAGUGUUGUAAGCUCAUUGUUGAUUCGCUUUAUAGAUAUUUAAGCAAAUACAUUGGUUUACUUCGUUGAUAUUGUGACCUUUAUAAACAGGUCGUAUUCACAAAAUCACUUAAUAUUUCUUUAAUUUUAUAAAUAUAUUGAUUGCACAAAAUCACUUGAUUGAACUAUGUGCAUCACUGCAUAUUGAUUAAUACAUCUCCCGAAUGAAUGUGGAUUCGCACAUUUAAUACAUUCCCUGUGUUAGCGGAUCAGUUUUCUACCCCCUCACAAUGGAUGCCACCAUUCUGAAUACCAAUUGUUUCUCAUGUAAUCACAGAAAUUUUGGCGAUAUGUUAAGGCCACAGAGAGAUAGUACUGACUUUUUUUUUGAGAAUGCAUGACGCGGGAUAUCUAAUCAUCCUUGGAGUCGGUAGUAAAACACAGACUGCAGGAAUGGCAAAAUAUUGACUUUUCUCUCCUGAAUCAGAAGAUUUCUAGCAAGAUCAUUGCUUGGUUUGAAAGAAUAAUAGAGAGGGGCAUACCCUGUCAUACAUCUGUAAGAAGGCUCUAGGAGAAAGCAGAAGAAACUGUGAACCUUUCCCUCGUAGGUCCCUCUUCCUAAUAUCCUUUCUGCUUUGGUAACUUGCUUCUAAUAAUUAACCUCACUCAUUAUUGAUAUAAUUUUAUUUCAUUUGUAGCUGAGUGGUAAUUUUACUUUGAGUCAGCCAGUUUGGCGGACCUAUAAACAGCAUUGUCCAUCACAAAGUAAUAAAACGGGAAUUUCAUCCAGUCAUGCUCGUGCGUAACCAAUUUACAGGAAGUUUGAUCAUUAGUUAAUUGUGCUAGCUGGUUUGGCACAAAAUAAGAUCAAACCCGAUGAUCCAUUUUACCUGAAAGGUUGAUGGCCAGAAUACCUUUUCUGAGGAUUAGUCGAUAUAGUGCAACACUUGGGUAACACGGACUCUGGUUAUUUCUGGUAUGGCGGAGUAUGGAUGAUAAGAAAAUGGUUUUGGGUCGUUCAUUUUCCAUCAGAUGUUACUGUUUCUAUUCCCCAUUAUAGGUUCAAAAUAGUAUCAUGGUUCCAAAGUGGCGGAUUCACAGUCAUUGUUGAAUUAGCAGUACAUAUGCAGAAGAAAGCUUCAAAUGAUGGUGCUUUGUUCUCCGUACAAUCCUAUGAUCAAUGUUGAAUAAGACGUAAAACAAGAUUUUCUUCAAAAGAAAUUUUUUAUGUAAGGGUGAAACGGUACAUAAUGACAAAGGUGAUUAAUUUGUCAUUUUAACUGCUGUUCUUCACCAUCAUUCAUAGUUUAUUGUUUUCUUAAUAGGCUUUCUCCAGAUCUGCACAGAAUUGUUGAUUUCGCUAACAAUGAGUAUCUUGUGACAUGUUUUCUCUGAGGCACUAUGUUACACUAGUUCUAUGAGGAAAAAGAAGCUUGGUGCAGUAUAACCAAUCAAACUCUUCUUCAGUAGUUCCUAGUAGUAUAAUAUUUGUAAAUUUUAUAAAUUUUAUUAUGUGCACAUGCCAACAUGUCCAAGAUACGUAUAAGCAUCUGGAACACAUGUAUCUGAGAAAGAAAAGGGAAAAAGAUGCUUCGUUGAUAUACGUACUAAUAAGUCCCGACCUUUUUACCUUUGCCUACAUAAUUCAGGUGCUAUCCCUUUUUGUUAGAUUGUGCCAUUUCUCAUGAGAUUAUUUUUUGCAGUGCAUUGGUGCAUUAUUGCACUUAAAGAAAAUCCUUGAAGUAGGUAUUUCAGAGCACCUUCAGGAGAAAAUGCACCAGUUGAAUUUGGAUAUUCUUGGAAAGUUAUGGAUCUUUUAUUUCAUUGUUACAUGAGUACUGUUUAUGGUUUUCAUUUCUUUUGUGAUGUUUUUUCUGCUAUGCUUAUUGUAUUUCCUUAAUCAACUGCAGGCAACAUCGAGUAUCACACCAGAGCUUGUUUAUGUCUUUGAUCUGGUCAGAAUUAUUUUUUUUUCUUAGAAAGACUUUGACUAUAUUUUGUGAUGAUAUAAAGCCGUUAACUUAUUGAUUUCUAUUUUAAUGUUACUCAUUGUGAUUGUCAUUUGUUUUCCUAUUUUAGUUUUACUCAUGAUGUUACUGAUGUCUGAUCACAUGUAGUAAAUGUUAACACUAUUUUUCACAUAUUAUUUCACUGUACGAAGGUUUGUGAGCCUUCGGAUCUGUCAUCUUCGAUACGUUGUUUUAUUUAGCGUCUUGCCAUGGGAUGCAUUAAUUUUGAACUAAACAAACCCUUUCUCUUAGAUGUAUCAUCUGGUGGAUCUUCAACUUGUUUCCUUCAGAUAUCAGUCAACUUCCAUUGGGUGUGUGGGUUUCAUUGUUUGGCGUGGGUGCUGAAAUAAGAGCAAGAAGAAAGGAUAAAUGAUGAUGUGCUGAAGGAAUAUCGACAAUUUCCAUAGGGCAUAACAUAACUAAGACACAAAUAGUUGCAUGUACCUUAAUUUUAAACGUGAUAAUAUUCUCUUAAGAACAUGAUGUUUUGAGAUCCAGCAGAAGCAAAAGGAAACACUGACUUAGCCCUCCCUAGGGCUUUAUGCCGGUAUUUAUAUUGGCAUUUAAGGGACCCUUUCGGCAUUUAUGGAAAGGUUUAAUGAUGGAAAACAAAAUGAAGGAAAUACACCUAACAAGGAAAAUAAAGAAAGGGAAGUAGAGAAAAGGCUUAAUAUAGAAGGUUUGUUCUGCAUAACACUCUCCCUCAAGUUGGUACAUGCAAAUCGUCCAUGCCCAGCUUGAUCCUUUAUUUGUAGAACUCUAUUACAUAAAUACCCUUCGUCAAUAUAUCAGCUAGUUGACUUAUAAAUGAGACAUUUUUUUGUAGAACAUCCUUGAUUCAAGUUUCUCUUUAAUAAAAUGUCUAUUGACUUCACUGUGUUUGGACUUGUUAUGCUGAACAUGAGCAUGGGCAAUACUUAUUGCAAACUGAUUAUCACAAAACAGGGUAGUAGAACUUUCUAUGGGUAUUUUGUAAGUCGUUUAAUAUACUUUUUAUUCAGAUGCUUUCAGAAAUCCUGAGGACUAUAGCCCUAAAUUCUACUUCAGCACUUGAUCAAGCCACAACUCUCUAUUUUUGGCUUUGCUAGGUAACCAAAUUUCCUCUAAUUAUACAGCAAUAUGAUACAAUCCUCUUCUCUCCUCUUGGUCAAGAGGGGAAAACGAACAAUGUAUUCAAAGAGAAUAGAGAAAACAAUGAAUAGAUGGGAAUUAGUUCAAGAGAAUUCCCCACUCUCCUUUCCUCUCGUGACCUUCUACCACGAUACCCCCUCUUAAUCACAAAGGAGGGUAUUUAUGUUAUUCAGCCUGUUCUUAUCCCAAUGUUUACUAUGGAAGCUUCUAAAUUGUUCUCUUAUGGUGGACAUAUGUUUUUAGGGGUAACGUAUCAGUACUCCCCCCAUUCAAAUCUACCUUGUCCUCAAGGUGAAAGUCAGGAAACCAAUGUAUUAUCUCUGAAGCUGCUUCCCAUGUUGUUUUGAAUUUUAGAAGACCUACUCAUUUGAUUAUGACCUUGGGUCCUAUUCUUACGGGCUGAACCUUUUGACAAGAUUCUGGCUCAAGUCUCCAUUCGAGUUCCUGUGUUAAAUUUGGAGGUAGGGGUUGUACACAAUCCUGAAGUCCUAUCACUUUAUGUAGCUGUGAUAUAUGAAACACUGGGUGAAUAGAAGAGUGGACCAGAAGAUCCAAUUGAUAGGCUGACUGGCCCACACGAUGGAGGACUUUAUAUGGUCCAAAGUGUCAUGGUGCCAAUUUUUCAUUUGGCUUUUUGGCUAGGGAUUUCAUCUUGGAAGGUGGAAGGCGAAGGUAGACAAAGUCUCCUUGUAUUAGCCUUCUAUUUCAUAAUGGUUUGAGCGUGCUUAAAUUGGUCUUUGAUGAUAGUGAGCAUCUGAUCUCUGUCUUGUAAUUGUUAAUCUACUGUAGAAAGAGGUGAGGGGGGAAUUCCAUAUUUGAUGAUGGUAGGAGGAUCUCGUCCUAAAGCACAUUGAAUGGGGUUGUUUUGGGAGAUGAACGGUAAGCAGUGUUCUAACAAUACUCAGCCCAUUGGAACCAUUCACUUCAUAAAGUUGUCCAUGUUCUCAACCAACACUGACCUGUUCAUAUUAAUCUUUAUGUAACUUUCACAACUCGAUGAUGAUUGUUUCUAUGAAAUUCACUGACAUUGUUUCUCCAUGAUUUUCUGGGCAUUGUUAAGCUUGUCUCAAACUUGCAACCAUCACAUGAUGUUUCAAAUACGAACAGACGCUUCUCCCACCUGUAAAUGCUGCAGCAAGGGGCGACCUCCACCCUCCCACUUUCUUUUCUGGCUGUCCCUUUGUUCAUUCAGACAAACCCAAUCACAGAUUCACGAUUUUUCUUUGUUGAUGCACUGGCCCAAGUUGGGCAUAAUAUUCGGCAUAUCUGGUGUACCAUACAGCAAAGAUUUUACCACCAUCAAUCUCCAUUAGAGAAUGCUGAUUAAUAAUUACGGAUACCAAAAGUAAUGAACUAUUACUUUGAUGUAGCUGUGCCCUCGCUGACGUCAGUUAGUGGUGUUGACUAUGGGAACUAGAAGGCUGUCAUUGUUACAGUCGAACAGAUUUCAUAUUCCAUAUGACUUUAUUUCAUAAACUUUGUUAAUUCCAGAUUAGACACUUUGAAAAGAUUUAUGUGAAGUCUAAAAGAUUGCGUAAAAAACAAUAUGGAAUACAACAUAUUUACAAUACAGUAUGUUUUUUGUAGUCGGCUUUAACUACAUCAUGUUCAUAUUUAUUGUUUACUAUGUCAUGUCUGUUGUACUCGGAUGUCUUGUUAGUUUUUUAUGACAUGAAUUUGUAUUUUCUAUGCUUCAAUUAAAUUCGCAGUACAGUCUACUUCCAAGAAAAACACACUUUGAAAAUUAUUUUGUGGAGGAUGGUUGACUAUCUACAUAAAAGUCAUCGUAUGACUGGAUUGGAAGAAUCCAGCUAACAAGUGCAUAUUUGCAGGUGAUGGGUGUACUCGAUAUUCAGAGAACUAAUGAGAAGAGAUAUGAAACAUUGGUGAAAGAGGGAUUUUGUGAAGAGGUCAAUCUUCUGCGAUACAAUUUCUUUUCAGUUUGUUUUUUCUUUAUUUAUGUACUCACACUAUGGUGUAUUUUUGCAAGAUACUAUCAUGUCAGAUAAAAGAUAUUAUAUAUAAGGAAAAUUGAUCUUUAUUUGCAAUUGAUGUGGAUGUUUCUCAAAGUCAGAGAACGCACUCUUAUUGUCUUAUGAGAUUCAUGAUUGGGUAUUGAUGGAUGCAAAACCCCCUAUACAUUUUCACUGCAUGAUUUGAGUACCCUUUCCUUUCCUAUCCUGCCUCUGUUGACAUGCAAUAUCCUGCAACGCCCCAGAUGAAAAGAAAAGGUAUCAAUUGGGUUCAUAAUUUAGGAAAAAAAUCUCUACACAUUAAAAUUUUAUGUACCUUAAGCAUAAUCUUUGUCCAGAUGCUUAUUUAUUCUUUAUAGUGAUGAAAAUGAUUAUUUAAAUAUUAAAAUUUGAUAUCUCUACUGGCAUCGUCACCUUUCCCUUCAUCUUCCCCUUCCUUCUCCUCCCUAUCCUAUACUCUAAUCUUUUUAAACCUUCUUAAUGUGCUCAUCUUCAUUUCACUCUUUCCCUGUGAAGAUCGAGGAACAAAAACAAAAACAAAGUCAGGAAGAUUAGGGUUCUGGAAAGUGUUGCGUGAUUGUUUUUUUACUUUAUCAGAGUCGACUAUAGGAUUUUGUGUUCUGAGUAAAAUUCUCUCUUAUCUGGACAUCUGGAUGUACUGUUAGAUGGAUUUCAACGCGAGUAAAUGUCUUUCUACAUUUGAACUUAAAAAUCACUUCCAAGACUGGUAUCUCUGUUUUAUUCUUUUCAUUGUGAUAAAUUAAUGCUCAUUCUCUUUAGGAAAUUGAGCACUUUUGAAGCGUCAAAAUUCUAUCCGAAAUUUUUGGCCAAUAUUAUAUUUUUCAUUGUUCCUAUUCAAUUUUUUUUAAUAUUUCCUCUUUAAAUGCAGUUGGAUGAGCUGAGGAAAAUUUAUGAAGAACUGCCAGAGUUUCUUCAGCAGGUGAAAUGCUACUUUUUUUCUUUAAAUUUUUUUCAUAAUUAACAUCGGCUAACAUUUUCAGGUCUCUACUUUUGAAAUUGCAUUUCUUCCUCGGAAUCAACACAAGAAGCCUCCAUGCAUUGUUUAUAUCCCUCAGACAGGUUAGUGUCCUUCCUUGGUGUUGAGGUGGGAAGUAAUCUUUGUUUUAAUUCUAGUUAGCAAUGCUUUCAGCCUAUGGAAAAAAAUUUCGUGUCAAAAGAAUAAAAAAGUUUCUAUUAUAUAAAUCUUUACCAAUCAGUUAUUUAAAAUUUUGCUUCAACGAGGCAAAAAUCUUCAAGGUGGCUUAUACUGUCCAUGAAUUGGGGCAAUUGGCUUUUCAUCCCCAGUUUUUUAUUUACUAAUAUGAUUACGUUCAUUCUACAAAUUAGAUCAAAUGCUUGAUUAUUUAAAUCUGUGUCGCCGACCAGACGUCCUUCAAGAUAGCUUAUGUUAUCAUAGAGUUUCAGUUACUUUCUACUUUCUUUCCCUUUUUCUUCUUUUGCAAGUUUUCUUAAAUUCUUUGUUCAAAAGUUUGAAUCCUCGAAUCUUUAGUGAUCAAUCAAACUUUCAUACAAAGGGAUUUACAGAAACUACAACGUACUUGGUGUGCUUUACAGCUUCACCAAAGACUUAUCCAUUUACUUAGUCACCCCUUACAAGGCUCCCAACCAGCAAUGAGAUUGUCCUCAUCAAAGUAGGUCUGCUAAACACCUUUCUCCAUCAGUAAGCAGACAGAAAUCCUCUUUACUGCACGCAGGUUUCAUUUCCACCUGUUGAAAGAACAUUCCCAAGGAAUUGGAACCGACAUUAGUGCAUGUGUUCCGGUUUUGUUGUAAAAAUUUGUCGUAUGCUCACUUUGAAUCCAAAUCGAGUUUUGCGUCGUCUCAAUCUUAAAAGUGAUAUUUUUCUCUUGCAAGGCAAAAUCAGUAGUACAUUGCAUAAAAACUGUCAUGGGGGGGAAAUGGUUACAGUACGCCAGUAGUACCUCAUUUCCAUAGUGAUGGAGAAUGAAUUACUUGAAGAUCUGCUCUCACUGCAAGAAAGAUGGAAGCAAAAUAGAAGUUAAUGUUUUAAUCAACAGAAGGUGUUUUUAAUAUAAUUUUGGAUGUCAAGUUAGGCGUCAAAAUUCUCAAUAUUCUUGGAACUUAACUCUAUGGUCAUUUUUGUAAACCCUUGUCUUUUGCCCAAAGCCUGCAGGCUCAGAUUGUAUUUAAAUUUAAACCACAGAAAUCAAGUAUCAUCAUACAGAGUCAGCUACAACUUGCCACUUUGAACUCGUUCAGCUUCAUCGAAAAUAAUUUUGUUCAAAAUUCUGUUUAAUAAUAAAAUGUAUUUUGAGACGUUUGAUGAUAUAAUUUCGUCAAUCCUAUUGACAGUUGUGUUAUAACCUUAAAAAGUUAACCUGACUUAUACAAAUCGAACUUCAGUUGUGCCAAGUUAACCGACCAUGUUCUGCCGUAAGUUUUUACGCUUCACUAUCUUGAUUAUAAUACUGUGCAAAUAGGAAUUUUAAUACCCUUAUAUUCUAGCAGUAAUCAUUCCUAAGCCUUUUAUGGCUCUAUUCUUAUGUUUCUUCACCAAACAUUGGUCUCCUUUCUUGAUGAAAACAUUUUAUUGAAUCGUUUUUCAACAGGUUUACCAACCAGUUUCAGCCAUCGCUACAGUAGAAUACAUUAAGCUCGUAAUUACAGAUCCCAUUUUACUAAAGUGCAUCAAAAUUCAUUAUGUUCAACUGACUUACAAGAAUACUCGUCACUUUUUACUCUUCUCUCCUUUUCCGAAAGUAUCCACUUUUCUCUUGUAGUUGUAUGUAGAAAGGUUAGGUUUGAUCAAGGUUUUCGGUAUGGUUGGCUAGGUAUAUUGAGCUUUGGUUGUACCAUGAAUGUCUUUCUCUUCACUCAGUAUCAGUGCUGAAUCGAGCACGGAAAUAUUAAUUCUCGAAUUAAAAGGUGGUCACUACAUUGACUUAAUUGAUAAAUUUUUUCAUGAGAUAUGCAUUUAUCAACAAAUUAUCUUUCUCCUAGUACCUACAAUGACUUAUUAUAGACUCUAGAAAUGAUUCCCCUGAGAGAGAUUCUCUUUUGUACUUUUUUCGACUUUUCGUAGCCAACAAGUGACAUUUUGGUUGGAAGAAUAAAUACAGUAUUCGAACUCAGUGAAACUUAUUUAGAACUUAUUUAUAACAUAGAACAAAUAAUCAUAUUAUUUCCUGAUCUUUCACUGAUAUUUCGGUUGAUCAUUAAGUAUCUCCAAGAAUUUUAUUCUCUGUACCAUUCAACUUCCAAUCCCCAGACAAACUUUAGGUUUUAAUCUUCUCUUAGACGUCAAUUGUCUUCAAAAUGAUUGCGCGAUCUUCAACUGAUCACACUUCCUAUCAAUUGGAAAUCACUAAUGGUUUUAUCCAUUAAUAUUUCUCUUUAAGCUUUUCACAAAGGUUCUUGUGAUAAUUUUUUUUCUGCUUUCAGGAUACUUGAUGUGCAUUUUUGAAGAGAAGCUUGAUGAAGCCACAUUACAAAAACUCCCGGAUUUUGAAUUUGCGGUAUGUUUUUUCUAAAUCUGCUGCUAGCUGCAUGGAGUAGGAAAAUGAUGUGAAAAAUGGAUCAGUUUUUUGAAGGGGAUGACAAUGAGAAUAAAUUCUACUAUCAUACGUCGAAGACAAGGGAACUGGACAAUCUUCUUGGUGAUAUCUACCAUAAAAUUCUCGGUAUGUUUCAAUUUUUUUUAUCAAUUCUAUUAGUAUUCUAAUUAUGUUUGGAGAACGUUUCAUAGUAUGCGAACUUAAUGGAUGUCAUUACUUCUACCAUACCACUCUGUGCUUGAGACUCUUGGAAUCAUUAUGUCCUCCAUUUUAGAGUCUAACUGAUAAAUAUAUGAAAGACUCUUACGAAAGUAAUUUUCCCUUUCUAAACUCAAGCUUUGCAUCAAAUGUACUUCUUUUGUUAGACAUGGAAAGAGCAAUUAUCAGGGAUUUGGUCUCUCACAUCCUUCAGUUUUCAUUACCUCUAAUCAAGGCAGCAAAUUUCGCUGCAGAACUUGAUUGGUAAGUGCAUGAGUAUUAAUUUAUUUGCAUAUAACUUCAAUUUGAUUAAUUGUAAUGUCAUUUUUAUUUCUUUUUCUGAUAUUUCUUGUUCUGUCAAUGUUUAGCAUAUUGUCAUAUGCAUUGGUUGCUCGCCAGAACAAUUAUGUGAGGCCCAUUUUAACUGAAGAAAACUUGCUUGAUAUACAAAAUGGGAGGUAUGAGAUUUACACCUUUGUGAUCAUAUACACCAAAAUUUUGUUGUAUGAGGUUGGGGAGAGAAUAUACUUGCAAUUACUAGAAAGUAAUUUGAACUGUUAAUCCAGGCAUGUGUUGCAGGAGAUGACAGUUGACACUUUUGUGCCAAAUGAUACGAGGAUUUUUCAUGAUGGUAAUAGACUGAUAUUCGUACUGAAAAUGAGAUUUACAUUCAACGAUUGGUGAUUCUGUUUCUCUCAUCUUUGUGAGGACAUUAAAUAUGCCCAUUUUCUCAGGAAGGGUGAACAUCAUUUCUGGUCCGAAUUAUUCUGGAAAGAGUAUAUAUAUUAAGCAGGUUAUCUAUUCACAUUUUCCACUGUGAAGGUUUUUAUAUUCCUUACUUUUAUUUAAAACACUUUUCGCUGAACUGUUAGCAAAUAACUGAUUCUGAAAAAGAGAAUCUACAUCAGUCAGGUUAUCUAUUGAUAUUUUCCAUUGUGAAGAUUUUGAUAUUACUGAUUUCAACGAACUGCGAGCAAAUAAAUUAUUGGUUCGUCCAUUAAAUUUUAUAUUCUUUUGGUAAAAAUGUUCCUAAGUAAUGGGUUGCAUAGAAAGUUAUGGGUUGCUCAAAAAUUACAGCAGUCUAAAGUGUUCCGUUUCUAAUUUUUUGAAUAUAUGCAUUUCAGGGGAAAUAUUCUUUUUCUUUGACUGACCACUAUUGCAUAAAGCAGAGUUUCUCUAUUGAUAUCAAUUUAGUCUUUCUUAAAAUGUUAUUAAUUUUCUACAGAAAUAUGCAUUUUUAUGGAUCCUAUCGAAAUGAACUUGUUAAUUCCGUGACUUCCUCUUGUUCAACCAGUCAUACAAGAAGUUUCUGCAGAAUCCGUUCUAGACAAACAUCCAUAGGCAGGCUCCAUUGUGACUCUUCCCUUUUAUGCGUAGAUGUAGUGUACACUUCAAAAGUUUUGUGAUAUAGCUUCUUUUUGCUAGGUCUUAUUAGUUUCUUAUUUCUGAUUAUCUUUCUUUAAAAGUUGAUAUUAUAAAAAUUAGUUAAGAAUUUCAAAAUUUUAUUCCUCUUGUUUUGUUUGUACAGGAGAUACCAUUUGUUUGUUGGAUUAUAAUUUCCAUGACUGCAGUCUUGUUGGUUCAGGAUGAUCAUUUAUUGCAUGGGUGUCUUGCAGGUGGCAUUGUUGGUUUUUCUCGCUCAUAUUGGAAGUUUCGUUCCUGCUGAUGGAGCUAGAAUUGGCCUGACUGACAGGUUGCACACAUCAUCCUGGGAGAAUUCCUUUUUUUUGAGUUACAUCAGUUUACUUAUCUAACUAUGUCACAAAUAGAAUAUUUUGUGCAACAGGAAGCAAACUUACAUCUUCUGAACAAUCAACAUUUAUGAUCGAUCUUCAUCAAGUAGGAAUGAUGCUUAGGUACUUCUUAGAAUUUAAUCUCCAACGUGAUUCUAAUUUUGUCCAAUAUAUUUCCUUCAUUUGAUUAGUCUCUAUGCUUACUAAUUUUGUGAUAUCUGUAAUCAUGUAGGCAGGCUACACCUCAUUCUCUAUGUUUGUUGGAUGAAUUUGGGAAGGGCACUCUAACUGAAGGUCGGUUUCAUGAUUCAUUUCUUGUUCGUGUGCAUGAAAUUUCUCCCCAGGAGGCGUGCCUUACCUAGCAUUUUCUUCUACACAUGUAGAUGGCAUCGGUCUUCUUGGAGGAAUCAUAAAUCAUUUUGCUCAAUCUGAAAAUUCUCCAAAGGUUACUUAUAUUUUUUUCAGAAUAGACAUAUUUCGAUCUUAGAAAAUUCUUUGUGCUUUUGUGCAAUUCAUAUUUCUAUCUCGAAGUUGACAUACGAGUGAGUUUCACAUAUUCCUUCUAAAAGGUUACUUAAAAUUUUCAUUAAAAUGGUUCAUAUAAAAUAACCAAGAAUACGAAGUACAGUGACAGUAUAAGCAUUACGGAAAUAAGUAUAUAGGACUACUGAAUCGCAAUUUUAGCUCUGUCGUGUUUUAAGUUAUUUGGGAGGGGGGGAGGAAUUUAGUCGAAAACCAGUUAUGUAGUAAACCAGUGCAAGAUCAUUUUAGCGCACUCCUCUUGUGCAAUUUGACUUUUUGACUCUUAUCUUUUGAAGUGCAACAUCGUUGAGCCUCUUUUCCUCCAUCUUUGGCCAGGGGUGAUGUAUCUUCACAAUGUAGUGGCUGCGAGUUGAGGCAGUUCUGCCUGUAGAUUAAAUAACUUAUUUUACUGACAUGAGAUGGAGAAUUUCUAUUCCCGUUAUAUUUCACGCAUUUUCCAGGAAGUAAUUGUUCCCCCCUGUUUCAAGUGCAUAAUUUAAGUAAUUUGUAUGAUUGGUAUCUCAUCAUUUGGUUUCCCUUGGAGAUGAAACAUGACUGCAAUUCCUUCGCAUUUUCAACUUGAAGACACAUUCCAAUAUAGAGUUUAUAUAAUCCAACAGAUAACUUCUCGUUAGUGUGGUUUUCUGAGUUAACACACAACACUGACUAGCAGGUUUUAUUGUGUACUCAUUUAUCAGAGAUCUUCAGUGACAGUUACAUAUUCCAGGUCUGAAACACUUUGUUCACAGUUCCAGAUAUGCCAUUUCAUUCUAGCUAUUAUUUAGAACCUAACGAGCUUCUAGUAUUUCGUCCAGUCUGAGAACAUCAAGUUUUACACCAUGAGUAUUCUGAGGCCUGAAAACUGCUCAAGCACUGAAGACAUCAUUUUCCUGUACCGGUAUUGCCGUUGUUUACUAUGUGAAAUUAUUUUCUUUUUCUUGUCAUUUAUCAUGGAAAAAAUGUCUUUAUUUAGACUAAUAAACGUGAGUUCUUUUGCUGUCUUUCUUUUGGGAUGGAAGGCUUAGUCCUGGGAAUAUACUUUUGAGCUACGGUAGGUUGCUAUUUUUUUCUGUAUCUUUAGACUUUUCAUGCCUUUUGCGUCGUAAUUUUCAAUGUUGCACAUCUUCUAGGAUUGCACUGCGCCUUACUUGCUGGUACGGCUUAACUUUGGUGAUUUAACGCCUUGACAGUCGCUCGGUAAUUAAGUCUUCAUCCAGAAGGGAUGUUAAAGACUGAAUCAAGAUUUUUUCUUUCCCUUAGUUCAUAUUUUGCAAGAAUUGCAGUUCGAAUAGAAUCAUAUCUUUCAUUGUAUUAUAAUUAGUUCUAUCGCUGAUGCAUCUUUCAUGGAGGCUCACGUUUGGUAAUUUUUUUCUCCUUUAUAUGUUGAUAACAUUUCUGGUGAUAUUCUCUCCAACGUUUGUACUUAAUUGCUCUACUUUUAUCGUUCUCACAUACAAUUAAUAAUGCGUAUAUGUAUUAGCUUGCAUUUUCCCAUUGUUGACUUUUUUAUUUCAAUAUCCAUGCAUUCUUCCUUUUCUAUCCUCCCCCAAAUCCAUAGAACUGUAUGCGUUACUAUCAUUACUCCAUCCUACUUUUGUUCCACUCCAUAUCUCAGUGCUUACCGAUCAUCAGAAAUAACUUAUUGAAGAAAGUGCUCUAAUAAUGCCUUUUCUUUUUGUCUAACAAGUCCCUAUACUCGUGAAAUUACAGUAAUGACUUGAUGACAAGUCUUCUCCAAAUUAUAAAAUCAUUGGUUGUGUUCAUGAAAGAUAUUGUGAAGAAGAGCAAGUUAACGCAUAAUCUAGAGCAUUAGAAAGGAAUUGGCGUAUAAGGCCUAUCAGUGCGAACAUAAGAGGCUGAACCAGAUGCUGGCCCAUUAAGUGAAGCCGGGGAGACUAGGGCUAUUGUCAAAAAAUGGACGAGUAAUAUUUGACCUCAAAGUUUGUGACAUAUCUGAAUAUAAGCAUUGUCUAACGUAGUAAAAAAAUCAUUUGGCGACUAACAAUGUUAAAUAUCAAGUCCAAUGGAUGUAAUUUCAGGGAUAAUUCAUAGAGGAUGGAGAGGAUAAAUGCAGCAUCAGCGGGAAGAAUCCAUCAUACUCUCUGUGUGAAUGUCUUUUCAGUAGUCAAAAACAUAGGAACAGAAGAAGGGGACUACGAUUCAGAGGUCUAACGUGAGCAUUAGAGGAACUCUUUCUCCGAUGGAGUCCUGACACCCCAUGUCCAAAAUGAGAUCGCAUUGCAGAAAAGCCUCUGUCAUGGUAUCCUGUUGCGGGGAAUACUGAAAAAUGGCUGCUACGGUUCUGUUAAAAGACCCUACGUCUACUCUGAGACCACGCCCACUGAUAGAGUAGGAGAGUGUUUGGAAAAGGGUAGAAGAUGCACUAAACUAGAUCAAGAUUCCCUCUGAUGCGUUGGAUAAGGGAGAUAUAUAUGAUAGACAUAAUGGUCUGGACAUCAUCAUGUCAUACUUAAAUAAGUUCUAAGCGAGUUAGAUUUAUUUAUAAUAUUUAGGCAUUAUAUGUUGCAUCAAACAGAAAGCAAAAAGCAAAAACUUCAUCCCGUUAUCUUAAAAUACUUGUGUUUGAUUUCAGAUAUUCCAAUCGAUUGGUCACAAGGUUUCUAUAAAUUACUCAAGAAACCAUUCGAUAGGAAUAGGUACACUCUGUUUUGAAGUUUUAAUAGGAUUUGGGAGGCUAUUUGGUUCUCCUGCAAGCUUUGCGAGACUAAUAAGCUUAAUUAUCUAUAUCUUUUGGCUUCACCUGAACGGCAGCAUGAGUUGAGUGAGUCUGACUGAGUUCGUGAGGUUUUCAGGAUCCUCAGUUUGAAUAAUCAGUAAUACGGGUAAAGUCAGUGGGAGAAAUGGCAAACUACGUGUUCAAAAUAUGACGCACAUUAGAAUAGUUCGUUUGGAUUCUGUAGCUCAUUAACCAAUAAAAUAAAAUAAAAUAAAUUGCGUUUCAAACAUCCUUCAAAACAGCUUUAUAUUAUAGCAUGUUUAUUGAAUCAUGAACCGCAGGGAGGUGCCAUCUAUCUCAGAUUAUAGUUCAGUGUGUAUUUACGAAGGCUAUGCGUAGUGGUUAUUUGGUUUUUGUGGUCUUUAUACAGAUAACGCCUGUUCUCUAUCCUCUAUGAUUAGGAGUACCCGAUGAUCUUGUUCGAAGAGCUGCAUAUAUAUUGGAGAUGAACAAGUCCGAUAAGCCCAUUGAGCGUCUGGACAGCCAGAACAUAUCAGACAUGGAUCGCCGGUACAAGGUGAUGUGAGACAAUUCCUCACCGCGCGCUCCCCUCUCCGAACCACUUGCAGCACUCACUAAAACUUACACAUCCUCAAAUGUGGAUGAUUGUCGCUGAUAUUAUCGGCAUUGCCUUGGUUUGUUUUUAUCUGGCAGGAUUGUGUGGUUAAAAUGUUGGCCUUGGAUGCUCACGAGGGGGAUCUUCAAUCAUUCUUCGCAGAUAUCCUACCCCAAUAG